GCCGGGCCCGCCCCUUCCUGUGCGUCACGGAGCGCGCCGGAAGUCGGCUCCAGAUCGGCGGAGGGUGCGGUGCGGCCGAGCGAGAUGCCUGUGACCGUGGGACCGUAUGGGCAGUCACAGCCCAGCUGCUUUGACAGAAUAAAGAUGGGUUUCAUGAUGGGCUUUGCAGUGGGCAUGGCUGCAGGAGCGCUGUUCGGCACAUUUUCCUGCCUCAGGAUUGGCAUGAGAGGACGAGAGCUGAUGGGUGGAGUUGGCAAAACGAUGAUGCAAAGCGGUGGGACAUUUGGGACAUUCAUGGCCAUUGGUAUGGGAAUACGCUGCUGAUCUGGAGUUUGGGAUUAAUCCUGGAGCACCUUCACCCAGCCAUUCCUCCUCUGUACAAUAAUAAAAUCUUUAGAUACUUGGAAGUGAGAGCUUUUCAUGAAACAGCAAUCCUACCCUCCAUGCUCUGCUGAUUGUAAGAUGCUUUUUACCAAAUUUCUACUUUCCUCCCAACUCCCAAAACAAUGAGAAUCAAUAAGCAUUUUUACUACAUUAA